UUAAACAAAACCAAAUCUAUUCAGACACAAACCAGCAGCCUUUGAUCAUAUCAAAGUAUCAUAAAUCAAUUUAAAACUCAAUUUUUCUAAUUCAAAAUCUCACUUUUUAGUAUUGCAAACCGGGAAAGGGAAGCGAUUAGCUCUGUCCGUAUUUAUCUCCUCUGUGAUUGAUUAACGUAUAUGUUUUUACUUCCACGAGUGGCAAUUAAUCUAAAGAAAUGGGCCUCUCAACUCUUCCAGCUCCAUCUGAUGGUAUACUGUGCGUACUUUUGGUGAACACCGCAGUAUCAAUCUCCAUAUUCAAAGGGAUCGUGAGGGCGAUUCUUCAUAUUGUUGGAAUUCGGUUAUCAUUCUUCUCGUCUUCAACCCCAUCAUCAGAUUAUACAGAAGACCUUACUGACCCAAUUGAAUAUCGUUUCCCUCAAUCAGAAACAUAUAUUAAUGAGUUCCGGAGCAGGACUCCAACAGCAAGAUUUGAUUCUGUGUCUAACUGUAAACAGUUGGAACAUCAUGACUGCUCGGUUUGCUUGACUCAAUUCGAGCCAGAAUCUGAAAUAAACUGCUUGUCUUGUGGCCAUCUUUUUCAUAAGGUGUGUUUGGAGAAAUGGUUGGAUUACUGGAAUGUUACGUGCCCUCUUUGCAGAUCGCCGGUGAUGCCUUCUGAAGACGACAUGUCUUCAUGCUACUGGUAAGCAUAUAACCAAAUGUCUGCUAGUCUAAGAAAAUGUUCAUAUACAUUUUGUAGCGUAUAGGUACUUGAGUUUGAUAGCAUCAGCCAAAAUUUCGUGUUGUAUAUAUAUAUAUGUCUACUGUCCGAGAUUAAGCAUAUGUUCAUGGUACUCGAGAGACCAGAAAACCCGUUGUAUAUAAUCGCGAGGUUCAUGAUGUUCCAUGCGUCUUUUCAACUUCGGUCUCCAGUCCAUGUUUGAAUAACAUUGUGAUUUAAUAUGUGGGGAAAGCUACGUGUAUGGUCUUUAGCUUCCGGCGAGUCCCGGUACCUCCUGAACGACCAAUUAUUUUUUUAUUAUGUUUUUUCUUAUUAGGUAUUUUUAAAAAAUAUUUUGAUGUCUCCGACUCGUUCACAUAAAUGGAAUGAUUUCUUUUUGUCUUGA